AUGACGUCACAUGAAGUAGAACUUGAUGGACGUACAUACACUGUGAAGCCAAUUCGGAAUCUGAAUGGACACUCGAUUGGAAAUUACCGGAUUCAUGCUGGAAAAACAGUGCCGAUUGUGAAGGGUGGUGACCAGACAAAAAUGGAAGAAAACGAGGAUUACCGGCGGUCAGCUGAAGCUCAUCGACAGGUUCGGAACUAUGUGAAAUCCUGGGUAAAACCUGGAAUGACGAUGAUCGAUAUUUGUGAGCGUCUGGAGGCCUGCUCUCGUCAUCUGAUAAAAGAAAACGGGCUUGAAGCCGGUCUCGCCUUUCCAACUGGUUGCUCGUUAAAUAACGUUGCUGCUCAUUAUACUCCAAACAAUGGAGAUACUACUGUUUUACAGUAUGGAGACGUUUGUAAGAUUGACUACGGUGUACAUGUACGUGGACGACUCAUUGACAGUGCGUUCACUCUUCAUUUCGAUCCACGGUAUGAUAAUCUGGUGAAUGCGGUCAAAGAAGCGACAAAUGCCGGAAUUCGUGAAGCUGGGAUAGACGUGAGGUUGUGCGAUCUGGGAGAGACUAUCGAAGAGGUUAUGACGUCACAUGAAGUAGAACUUGAUGGACGUACAUACACUGUGAAGCCAAUUCGGAAUCUGAAUGGACACUCGAUUGGAAAUUACCGGAUUCAUGCUGGAAAAACAGUGCCGAUUGUGAAGGGUGGUGACCAGACAAAAAUGGAAGAAAACGAGGUAUACGCUAUUGAAACAUUCGGAUCAACUGGUAAGGGAUAUGUUCAUGACGAUAUGGAGUGUUCGCAUUACAUGAAGAACUUUGAACUGUCUGAAGAGCACAUCCCAUUGAGACUAGCUCGUUCAAAAGCUCUUCUCAACACAAUUGAUCGUAACUUUGGAACUUUGGCGUUCUGUCGGCGGUGGGUUGACAGACUGGGCGAGAACAAAUACCUCAUGGCGUUGAAGGACUUGUGCGAUAAGGGCAUUGUUGACCCAUACCCACCGUUGUGUGAUGUGAAAGGAUGCUAUACGGCUCAGUGGGAGCAUACGUUGGUGUUGCGUCCGACAUGCAAAGAAGUUCUGUCAAGAGGAGAUGAUUAUUAG